UCGACUUCUCCAUCGAGGGAGGACCAAAAGGCGAGUUUGUUUGGUAUUUUGGUUUGUGGUUGUGCUUAUGCUAGUUUUCUUGAUUCGGGUUGGGCUUAGGAAAAGGAGUUCUACGCUUCUCACCUUCCAUUUGAAGUAAACAACAGCUCUCUUCUGUCGAUACAUGCUUGUAUUUGUGUGAAAAAAGAAGACUAAUCACACAUUCACACAUACAAGAGUGAGUGAGGGGACAGAGAAACAGAGAGAGAGAGAGAGAGAGAUAAUGGCAUUGGAAGCUGUAGUUUUUCCACAGGACCUGUUUAGUUAUGGCUGCAAAGAUCUGUACUCCUUGGGAGGAGGAAUAGGAGGUUGGAGCUACGAUUUUGCCGUAGAAGAAGACAACAAAUGUGGUAUUGAGAUGCUUGAGAAGAAAAUGGAGCAAGGUCUCGGCGGAAAUUGGGACUCUUCUUCCUCUUCAAUGGUGCAAAAUAUCAAGGAAUGGGAAGCCAAUUCUUCCCCAGAGGCUUGCACCGGUGAUGCCUUCUUUCCCGGAGGCUUCCCCCCAAUGGAUGCUCAGGCCGCGACAGCCGGUCGUCGUAAGAGACGACGCACCAAGAGCUGCAAGAACAAGGAAGAGGUGGAGAAUCAGAGGAUGACCCACAUUGCCGUUGAACGUAAUCGCCGGAAGCAGAUGAACGAAUAUCUCGCCGUGCUAAGGUCUUUGAUGCCGCCAUCUUACGUUCAAAGGGGUGAUCAAGCAUCCAUCAUAGGGGGAGCCAUUAAUUUUGUCAAGGAGCUCGAGCAACUCCUCCAAUCCCUGGAGGCCCAGAAACGAAUGAAGCAACAGUCAGACGUUGGGUUCUCUUCGCCUUUCGCCGAUUUCUUCACCUUUCCUCAGUACUCCUCAUGCUCUACUCACUGCAACAACCCGGCCACAUCGGCAUCUUCGGCCACUGCUUCAAAUGAAGCUUCGGCCGAGAACCGAUCGGCUAUUGCUGAUAUCGAAGUGACCAUGGUGGAGAGUCAUGCCAAUCUCAAAGUACUCUCCAAGAGACGACCCAAACAGCUAUUGAAGAUGGUGGCCGGCUUCCAAACCCUCCGCCUCACUAUCCUCCACCUCAACGUUACAGCCGUUGAUCAAAUGGUUCUCUAUUCCUUCAGCGUUAAGGUUGAAGACGAGUGUCAGCUUACUUCGGUAGAUGAAAUAGCUACAGCUGUUUAUCAGAUGCUAGGUAGGAUUCAGGAAGAGUCUACGUUGAGCUGAGCCUGAGAAUAUGCUAAUUUCACAAUGUAAUUCCCGUCAAACCUUGGCCACCUCAUGUAUGGAGAAAGGGGUGGGGUUUAUUCUAUUUUGUACUUGACAUGCCUUAAUGUAACCAAUAUUUUACCCAACUCCAGGAGGGUAACGUAGUUGUAUGAACUCUCAACUACUUUGAGGAGGUUUAUGUGUUCAAUCAAAGGUAAAUAAUAUUUUUGUGUACAUGCUCUA